AGGAGGAGGAGGAGAAGAAGGAGAAGGAGGAGGCUCCAUCCCAGCAGGCAAGCAGAAAGGGGCACGAGGAGGCGAGUUGUGCGGGACAGACCUUGUCCUCCCUGCUCCCUCCUGCCGACGCGGCGGCUGUGGGCAAGGCCGUCGUGCACGAGCCCGGAGGGCGAUGGCAGCGCUGAUGGCGAUGGUCACAUGGCUGCUGCUGCUGGCGGCAGCCCCGGCACGCUCGGCAGCCCCCCGGCGCACCGUGGUGUUGCCCGAUGGUGGGGGCAGUGGGGAUGGUGAGGAGGUAUCAGCUGUGCCACCCAUCCACCAUGUGACACCCGGGACCGGCCCGACGGUGGGGGACGCAGUGGGGACCACAGUCACCAACAGCUCAGCACCGGGCAGCGUGCUGGAUGGGCUGGUGGACUUCUUCAAGGAGUACAUGCUGCUGGUGGUGGUGGUGGGCUCGCUGGCCUUCGUCCUCCUCUUCAUCAUCUGUGCCGCUGUCAUCGUCCGGCAGAAGCACAAGGCAUCCGCCUACUACCCCUCUUCUUUCCCCAAGAAGAAGUACGUGGACCAGCAGGACAAAGUGGGGGGGCCCCGGGAUUUCAGCGAGGUGCCUGAGAAGGCCCCCAACCCUGGUGCCGAGGAGCCGCUCGACUGCAACCGGCAGCUGCAGGCAGACAUCCUCGCCGCUGCCCAGAACCUCAGAUCCCCCCACAAGGUGCCGCUGGCCAACGGGGCCCGGGGGGAGCAGAGCCCCCCCGCCGAGGAAGACGAGGAAGGAAGCAAAAAGUUGGGUGAUGAGCAACCGGCCAAGCCCCCUCCCCAAAAUGCAGGUGCUGAGGAAGCAGUGAGCGCAACAGGAGCAGGGGGCGAGGGGACCCCCAACACAUCCCGGGAUGGCCCCCCGGCCCCCCCUGGCAUCUAGGGCAGGGACCCGGUCCCAGGCGAGCCUGAGGAGCUGCCGGCCCGGGGACACCCCACAGACACGCGAUGGACCUGGUGGUUUGUUGCUCCAUACGUACGUGGCGGCUCAAGGAAGCCCCGAUGAAGCCCCCCACUCCCCCCUGCUCCCCCCCCCCCCACCGGGGCCCACUGACCCUUGCACCGGCGAGACGCUGUUGCAAAGCCAAGGCGUUUUUUAGCAGAUGGAAUUUUUCUGCAGGGCUGGAACACCAGCAGCCCUAUCGCUCCUGCUGCCCAAGGGGCUUUUCCCACCCCCAGACAUUGGGUGUGUGCAGACCCCCCCUCCCCAGCUCCUGCUCUGUCCCCUCCCCCGGUGCUGCGCCAGGUAGCCUUCGCCCUCCACCAGCUUUCUUCUAAAUGUUAUUUUACUAAUUAGCAGCAUCCUGGUCCAUUCCGGGCACCUGGACGGGAGCUGCAUCCCUCUGGGUAGGCGUGGGACCACGGCUGGGGGGGGUCUCAGCAGCUGCCCCCCCUCUGCAGGGAGCAGGGCAGGGGCCCGCUGUGGCCUCGGGCACCACGGGCUGGCCUUGCCAAUCGUUGUGGCCACUGAGGUUGGGAUGACCUUGGCCAUCCUUGCCCAGAUAAGGGGAGAAAGGAGAAGGAUUUGGUGGCAAGGACCCACUCUUUCAUUUUUUUUUACCCCAAAGCUGUGACCCGAGGGCAGCCAAGAGCCCAGCUGGACUUUUGCCUUAUUUUCUUAACCCCUUCAACUAUUAAUAAAGACAUUUCCUACGCA